ACUCACUCACUCACUUUCUAACAAGUUUUGUGUUAAUAGAUCGCAAUCACAAACAAUUGUCUGAGUUUUAGCGAAAUUGCGGUGAACUUCAGACAAGAAUAUAAAAGUGAUAAAAGUAUGGCAACAGAUAAUGAGGCGAAGAAAGUGUUCGAUAAUGUGGUCAAGUCUUUCGAGAGACUCAAAGAGGAGAGUAUCGGACAUUUAUUGUAUGAGAUAUUCCUAGACGUGGACCGAGAGAUCAUGAAAGUGGGCUCUCAAGAGUGGUUCGACUCCAAGAUUAGUGUCAUUGAAAACAUAUGUCUAACACUUGAAGACUAUUUUAGAGAUUAUGAGUACUUGAAAGAGGAAAACUCCGAUCGUCUCAAGACUUUAUUGCAGAACCGAUUAGCGAAAGGAUAUAUAACAGCCAUUUUGCAAAAAAAAAUGCAACUCAAAAAUCAGAGCCAAAGAGAAAUAUUCGCUAAAAAGUUUAUAAGAGAAGGAGAGAUACUAAAGGCAGCCGUCGCUAAAAUGCCCACUAAAUCCAUGGCUAAUAUGACUAAUGAGUCACCGUUUGAUUGUCUUCCACUUUUGGCCGAACUAUUAAAACUCAAAGACUUGAGUCUCUUAUUCCUCGAAGUGUCGGGUUUGGUUAAGAAAUAUCCGGACGUAAGGGCCGAGCAUUUGGUCGCUUUGUUGAGUCUGAGGGAAGAUAUGCUGAAGACUAAUGUCAAGAAACAAGUGGAGGAUAUGAUGUCUGAAUACGAGUUCACAUAUGAUGUCCAAACAAUAUUCUCGGAGAUAACACUCAACUGACAAUUAGGACAUCGGUUGGACUGAGCGGACACUCUAUCGCGCGUCG